CGCUGGCGCGCUCCCUCGCUCACUACCUCUCCCUCUGUUCCAAACCGGCGCCAGCCCUCCCUCUCCAACGGCACUCCUUCUCCGGCAGCUCCGAAUUAACAGCCAUUUUUCUUUCGGCGCUAUUUGCAGCUAUAUUUAUCAUUUCAACUGCAACAAUCUCAGCAAUUGUUGCUGCUCCCAUAGCUGCAGCCCCCUUUCAGAUUUGGGAUAUGGCCAGUGGCGUAUGACUUAAAACUUUCUUCUCCCACCCUGUUCGCCCGCUCCAUCUCUGGGAAGUACUAUGGCCAUGCCCACUGCUUGUCUCUGCUCUAAAAAUGAUAAGAAGAAUACACAUAUUCUCAAAAUCCAGUACCCCAAUUCUCGGGAGAACCCUUUCUCAUGGCCUCCUCCAUUUCUCAUCGUCGGCUACAUUGUUGGAACUACGGGACUGCAUAUCAUUGCUCCAAGCAUGUGCGAUCAAGAAGAAUCUCAAAGUCGGCAAACAACUCCAUGCCCACAUGCUUGUGACUGGCCUUGUGAAUUCCUCCCCACUAUGCAUUACGAGCCUCAUCAAUAUGUACUCCAAAUGCAAUCCCAACUCCAUGUCUGAUGCUUUCUUUGUGUUCUCCACUUCACCGUCUCAUGCUCGCAAUGUCUUCAUGUACAACGCCCUUAUAGCUGGCUUCAUCGCUCAUGAUUUACCCAAGCCAGUUCUUGAAAUUUACUCUGAAAUGACAAUGUUGGGCAUGGUGCCUGAUAAAUUCACUUUCCCUUGCGUAAUUAAGGCGGCUUCUUCUUGCAACCAUCUUGUAUGUAUGAAAAAGAUCCAUGGAUUAGUGUUCAAGCUUGGGUUAGAAUUUGAUUUGUUUAUAGGCAGUGCACUGGUGCACUCGUACUUGACCUUUGGCUUGACGGAGGAAGCAGAGGGGGUGUUCGAUGAAUUACCUGUGAGAGAUGAUGUUGUGCUUUGGAAUGCUAUGAUUAAUGGGUAUGCUCAGUCUGGACAGUUUGACAGGGCUCUGCAUGUUUUUAAGUGGAUGAUGGAUGAUGGGAUUGCACCAAAUAGAUUUAGUGUUACUGGUAUGUUGUCGGCUCUUUCAAAUUCUGAGGCAGUUUAUAAAGGAAGGGAGGUGCAUGGAUUCGUGAUAAGGAGAGGGUACGAUGAAGGCAUUGCUGUUUUGAAUGCAUUAAUUGAUAUGUAUGGAAAAUGUAAGCGUGCAAGUGAUGCUCUGCAGGUUUUUGAGAUGAUGGAUGAGAAGGACAUAUUUUCAUGGAACUCAAUAAUAUGUGUUCACGAACAGUGCGGUGAUGAUGAGGGAACCAUGAGGCUUUUUAAGAGGAUGUUAUGUGCUCAAAUGCAACCAGAUUUAGUCACUGUAACUACGGUCCUCCCUGCUUGUUCUCAUUUGGCAUCACUGAGGCAUGGCAAGGAGAUUCAUGGGUAUAUGAUUGUUAAUAGGCUAAAGAAAGAUGGCGAUGCUGCAGAACACAGCGACUCUUACAUUGACAACGCUAUAAUGGACAUGUAUGCAAAAUGUGGGAGCAUGAAUGAUGCUCAGCUGAUCUUCGACAUGAUGAGCUAUAAAGAUACAGCAUCAUGGAACAUCAUGAUUAAGGGGUAUGGCAUGCAUGGAUUCGGUAAGAAAGCACUAGACAUGUUCUCUGAUAUGUGCGAGGCAGAACUGAAACCAGACGAAGUUACAUUUGUGGGAGUUUUGUCGGCCUGCAGUCAUGCAGGCCUUGUAGACCAAGGGAGAGAAUUUCUUGUACAAAUGCUGCCAAAGCAUGGCAUUACGCCGUGCAUAGAACACUAUACCUGUGUGAUUGACAUGCUAGGUCGGGCUGGGCAGCUCGAAGCUGCUUAUGAAUUAUUAUUAACAAUGCCUGUUGACCCCAACCCGGUAGUAUGGAGGGCAUACCUCGCUGCCUGUCGUCUCCAUGGGAACACUGACCUGGCUGUGAUCGCUGCAGAGAAGGUGUUUGAGCUUGAUCCGGAGCAUUGCGGAAGUUAUGUUAUACUAUCAAAUAUUUAUGGAGCAAAUGACCGCUAUGAAGAGGUCCUUGAAGUAAGAGAUACAAUGAGGCUACAAGAAGUGAGGAAGGUCCCUGGUUGUAGCUGGAUUGAACUCGAAAAUGGCGUGCAUUCAUUUGUUACUUGUGACAAGACUCAUCCUCAAGGGGACCUUAUAUAUGCUGGAUUAAAUUCAUUAACUGCUCGACUGCGUGAACAUGGGUACAGGACAGAUGCCUUGGACUGCAAUAUAUAAACUUCUGUUCUUGUUCAA